CCACUACACAGAGAUUCCCUGCUCCCACUGCCUCGCAAGUCACAAGUGGUUCCUUGGUUGGUUGAGCCGGAGGCAGAGUCACAGGGGGGCAUAAUUCUGAAAUCUGAAUUCACAAACACAGACGCCUCUCUCCGCGAAGCUGCGAGGGACGCCAUGGCUUUCCCAGGGACUCCGGCGAGGAAGCUGCUCCUGACAGGGAGCUCCGCCGUGGCGCGCAGCGUCGCCGCUGGCUUCGACCUCGACGGCGCCGGCGACUUCUUCUCGGGCCUGUGGCAGCUCGUCAGGGCGAAGGCCGCCGAGCUUGUGGCCUGGCUCGCCGCCCUCUUCUCGGCGCUCGCCAGGAAGGUCGACGAGCUCCUCCCGCCGGAGACCCGCUCCGAGACGCUCCGGGAGUGGCUGCACGUCGCCGUCACCGUGGCGCUCCCGGCCGCGCUGGGCGCCUUCGUGCUCCUCUGCAUCGCCCGAUGCUGCUGGCGCUGCUGCUGCAGCUGCUGCCUCGCACGCGGAGGCCGCCGGCUGAUGGUGGCGCCCGGCCGCCGCGGCGCGCGCAUGCCGCGCGGCGUGUUCGAGAGCAACCCGCGGGGCUACUUCCGCGACCUCCGCGCCGGGAAGCCCCUCGUGUACUAGCGCGUGCGCGUCCUCGCGUACGUACCUGCAUUUCGUGUAUACGUAUACGAGUACGUACGUGUACGAAUGGUUUAGUGUGUGAGGGGGGGGGGGAAGCGUACGUGUGAGUCGUAUUUGGUAUUUUAAUAUGUCGUGGUCUUAUGUGUGUUGCUACUGUAUUUCACGUGUAUUUGGUAUUUUGGUAUUGGUAAUAUUGAACACGAAGACAUCUCGCUGUGUUUAAAUCGUA